AUGUCGACAAAUGAUGUAAAAUUAUUUUCAUCAAUUAAAUAUUUUACAACUGGUUUUCAUGAUUCAUCCCUUGAAACAACAUUUAAACAGAAUGGUGCUACAAGAUCAUUUUAUUUAACUGAAACUACAACACAUGUUAUAUGUGAUGAUUUUGACAGUUAUAAAAGUGAAUUAGAACAAGCUAUUGAAAUCUAUCAAACUCCAAUUGUUAAUUCAAGUUGGAUAAUUGCAUGUUUAAAAUGUAAUACAUUAUUACCGAUUGAUCCAUUUCGUAAUGAUGAUAAUCAUCAUACUGCACAUAUAUUUCGUUCAUGUACAUUUACGAAUGCGAAUUUAACAAACGAAGAUCAUAAUAGAUUAUAUGCAUUAGUAACUUAUUAUGGUGGUCGAUGGACAGCUAAUUUAGAUGAUCCUAAUUGUACACAUAUUAUUUGUGCAUCAGCAUUAGUAAAAAAUGAAAAUGAAACUAUAGAUAAUCAAUCAAAUACAAAUGAACGCCUUCAACUUGCAUAUGAAAUACAAUCGGAAAAAAUUCAUUUAAUAACACCAGAUUGGAUUAUUGAUUGUUUAAAUGCAAGUCGUUUAUUAGAAGAAAUGGAUUAUCAUCCAGAUUUACUUCGAGAUCCAAAUGAACCUAUGGAUAUUGAUGAAGAUGAAUUAGAUGAUGAACAAAAUAAUGAAAAUCUUCAUAAUCAAUCAACAGAUGAACAUACACCAACAAAAACAACGACAACUGGUACAACACAUCGUUCACAAUUAAUAACAAAGAAUUUUUUUAAUCAAUCUGAUCAAACAACACCACCACCAUCAGCAGAACCAGUACCAGGAAUGAAUGAUGGUACUAAUCUUCCUGAUUCAUCUGAUAUUUCUCAAACAAAAGCAUUUCCUCCAAAACGAUCUCGUACAAGAACAACGACAACAACACCACGACAACGUAAUACAAAAAUAAAUUCCACAGCCAAUAAUAGUUCACAUUCAAAUCAAAAUGGUCAUUCAUCAACAAUUAAAGAUACUAAUCUAUCAACGUUACCUAUUGAAGAGAAAUUAAUUCGUCCAUCUGUUUUAACAAAUUUAUUAAAUAGUAAAACAAAUUUACAAACAUCACGUCAACCACCACCAGAAAGUCUUUCCUAUGAAUUAAAUUAUUGUUUACAAGAUAAACAUGAACUUGUUCCAUCAACACAAUGUUUACUUGGUUGUGUUAUUUAUAUUUAUACAUGUGAAUAUAUUUCAACUGUAUCAAAAGAUAAUUUAUCAACAUGGUCAAAAACAAUUCUUGAUCAUGGUGCUCUAUUAACUGAUGAUAUAAAUCAUAUGAAUUUAACACAUUUUGUAUGUGCUUAUCGAACAAGUGAACUAUUUCGACAAGUAUGUAAACGUGGAAAUAUUCGAAUGGUAACAGCACAUUGGCUUAAUGAUGUAUUAGAACGUAAAAAACUUUUUGUUCCUAAUUUGGCUAUACAUUAUCCAUCACCAUUUGAACCUAAUGAAUCGGAGAAAUUACCAUUAGUAAAAUAUUUUUUUACAAUGACUGGUUUUGAAGGUAUUGAACGAGCACGUCUUCGAUAUAUGAUACGUUCAUUAGGUGGCAAAUAUUCUGGUCAUUUAAGUAAAUGGCAUACACAUUUAUUAGCACGUGAGAAUGGCAAAACUGAUAAAUUUAAAAAAGCUUUUGAAUGGUCAAUACCAAUUGUGAAUGGUAUAUGGUUAUCAGAAUUAUAUUUAGGUAAUACAUGUGCACUUAAACAACCUAUUGAAGAACGUUAUAAACGUUUAAAUAGUACACCAACAAUAGAUCAUUUUUCAUUUGAUCAAAUUUUUGUUCAUGAUUUACUUUUACCAUGGUCACAACCUAUACGUAUAACAGAUGAAAUGCUUAAUUCAUCUAUACGUCGUCAUAAUGAACAACAACAACAUAUAUUAUCAUCAUCAAAUAUUCAAGAUAUGGAUAUAGAUCAUGAUUAUUUAAAAAAUUCUUAUCAUUAUAAUGAACCGAUUAAUUCAUUAAGUGAAUUAUCUUUAGUUAAUAAUAUUAAUAAUGAAUCAAUAUCGAUUAUGCUUAGUGGUUUUAAUAUGAAAACAUUAAAUCAUUAUGAAACAAUAAUAAAAAGUUUAGGUGGUAAAAUAUCAACAUUACCACAUACAACAACACAUUUAAUAAUGAAUAGAUUUUUACGUACAGAAAAAUUAUAUGAAUGUAUGAAUUAUGUUACAUAUAUAUUAAAUAAAACAUGGUUAGAUAAAUGUAAUGAAGAAAAAUGUUUUCUAUCAAUUGAAGAAUCCGAUUGGAUAAUUAAUGAAGAAUUUCAAUUAACAACACAAAAUUUUUUUAAACAAUCAAUUAAUAAACGUAUUUAUCGUGAAAAUCGUUUAUUAUUUCUUGAUUAUACAUUUUUUUUAACACCAAGUAUUCAACCAUCACAUAUAAUAUUAAAAUCAAUAAUUCAUUCAUCUGGUGGACAUGUCUAUCAAAAAUUUCCAACAAUAAAACAAUUAAUAACAAUUAAUGAAAAAAUAAAUAUGCCAAAUUGUUUAAUUUUAUCAUGUGAUAUGGAUAAAUACUUAUUGCAAGAUUUACAUAAAUAUAAUAAUUCUGAUUUUCAAAUAAAAAUUUUAACAAUUGACUUUCUUCUCCAAAGUAUUUUACAACAAGAAAUACUUCCUAUUGAUUCAUUUAUUCUGAAAAUAUAA